CUCAAUGCAUUCCAGAUGCAGCUGGCUCCAUUCCAAGGGGCGGCCUUUGCAAAAGCCAUGGCCGGAGGAUGGGGCUUCAGCCUGGCCUUGGCUCUGCUCGGCUGCCCUUUGCUGGGCUUCCAGGAGGCCCACGCCGAGCCUGAGCUGCGCUUCAAGGCUUCUUCUCCCCGGCAGAGGCCCGUCCGGCUCUUCACCGAAGAGGAACUGGUCAGGUACGACGGGAGUCAGGAAGAUGAGCCUAUUUACAUAGCCGUGAAGGGUGUGGUGUUUGAUGUCACUUCUGGCAAAGAGUUUUAUGGGAAAGGAGCACCAUACAAUGCACUGGUUGGCAAGGAUUCGACACGUGGAAUUGCAAAGAUGUCUCUCAAUCCCGAGGAUCUCACCCAUGAUACAGUGGGGCUGACAGAAGAGGAGCUGAAAUCUCUGGACGAGACCUUCAAUAAUGUCUACAAAGCCAAGUAUCCUAUUGUUGGCUACACGGCCAGAAGGAUUCUCAAUAAGGACGGCAGCCCCAACCCAAACUUCAAACCUGAAGAUCAGCCACAUUUCACCAUUAAGGAUGAGUUUUGACCAAAGACCUGUGGAUCUGUGGCUAUUUGCCUGACAUUAUGAUUUUAUGAAUCAUAAGUUCUAGGCAUAGCUUGAAUGCUGAUUUGUAGUCCAGGGUUUCCAAACCUUUGUUCUCCUCGUAAAGAUAUAUAGCACAUGGACUUUGUUGAGGUGAGGGUACAGUGCCUUCCUGUCUGCUAACUAAAUCAAAGUCCUUAAGGAAAGAUCAAUAAUUAGUGUCUAACUGCAAGAUUUCUGUGAUUCAGUGAAGAGACAAUGUAUUGUUGAAGGCUUUCAUGGCUGGAAUCACUGGGUUGCUGUGAGUUUUCCAGGCUGUAUGACCAUAUUCCAAAAGCAUUCUCUCCUGACGUUUCACCUGCAUCUAUGGCAGGCAUCCUCAGAGGUUGCCUCCCAUGGAUGCAGGCAAAAUGUCAGGAGAGAAUGCUUCUGGAACAUGGUUAUACAGCCCAGAAAACUCACAGCAACCUAAUGGACACUUCAUUUUCAAAUUGCCAAAACAUAAGCGACACAGCUAUCAAAACAUUUAUUUGUUCAGACUAAAAAUGUUUCCCUAUGUUUACACGUAAAUAAGACUCAUACAUUAAUUGUUCCCAGGAUCAUAAAUCAAACUGAUCUUCUGAUUCACAAUGAAUAGAAAGGCUUUUUCUUUCUUUCCCACCACUUAGGGGCAAUUAAUAUUUUAUUGUAUUAUUACUGUAUUAUUUUGUUAUAUUAUUAUAAUUAUUAUUAUAAUAACUAUAUCUCAAUAACAUUUUUAUGGUUCCUGCCAUUUUGCUCUUCAUACCCCCUACCCACACAUGUCCCCAUUUGUCCCUUCCGUGACAUGACCAAAAGGACUUGCAGUUCCUGUGGUCAUGACACUAACAUGGAUGUUUACAUUUCUGUUUUACUUCCCCUUUCAUCCUGGCAUAGGGAUAUAUAGGCACACAUGUGCAUACUACUGCAUGUGCGCACACACUUUAUGCACACUGGGAAAAUGGGCUGGCAUUAGUCCUGACAAGUGCUCCCAUUUUAGGGUUUUCCAUUACGUUAUUCUUUCUGCCACUUUUUUGCACCCACUGAGGAUGCUAUUCAGUUGUCAUUGAACUAAUGCUGUAUUUCUUCUAUUCUAAGACACCAUUGAUUGUAAGACACUACCACUAACAGGAAAAAAAGCUUUAUUUAUAUAUAAAAAUCAGCACCCACAAUUCUAAGAAUCGCCCUGUUUUUAGAGAUGUCCUUAUGGGCAAAAAUUGCAUCUGAGAAUCAAAUUAAUACUAUGUAUUGUCGAAGGCUUUCAUGACUGGAAUCACUGGGUUGUUGUAGGUUUUUUCGGGCUAUAUGGCCAUGUUCUAGAGGCAUUUUCUCCUAUGCCAUAGAUGCAGGCGAAACGUCAGGAGAAAAUGCCUCUAGAACAUGGCCAUAUAGCCCGAAAAAACCUACAACAACCCAAAUUAAUACUAUUGUUUUUUUUUUGGAUGAGUGUUAUUGUCCCUCUUCCUUUCCCUCUUCGCUCCCCAUUUUUACAAAUCUUAGUUUCUCCCAAUCUAUGGAGGGAGUAUUCCUUGAGAGGAAGAGAUGCAUGGAAAAUGGGUUUGUUGUUAAUGUGGUCUAAAACUCCAUGGGUAGAUGCUACGUGAGGUCUUCUGUCAAUGGUGGGGCCAUCAAAAGGCAGCCACUUUUAUCCCCCUCCUCCUGUUCGCUAUAGUUAGAAAACCUAUGCAGGGUUUAGUUCCUGGAUUGGUUUUGUUGGCUGGGGGAUUCUGGGAAGUGUAGUCCAUCCCAGACUGUGGAAGUUCUAGAUCCGAACUGUACAGCCUCCAGAUCCCUCCUGCCACCUCCAAGCAAAGUGAUGCCUAAUGCCUAGCAAAACUGCUUCAUUUGGGACUUCAACCAGGAGUCUGAAGACUGCCAAUGCAUUUUACAUGCCACCCAACAAUUUAGAUUAUGAUAAGGUAAUUUUGGCUUGAGUUUACAGAGAUAAGGUGUCAUUUGCUUACCAGGACUUUUCCACGUUCAUAACUUGCACUGGGUUUUGUUGUAAUCUUAUGUACAUUAUUCUUAUGUUUAUUUAUACCCCACUUUUUCUCUCCACAAGGAGACUCAAAGCGGCUUACACUAAAAGCAUUUCAAUACAGUUUAAAAUAUACAAAUAUACAAACAUUAAAACAGAAUUAAAUAUAAUUGGUAUUACAAAAUUCUGUUAAAAUCCAUAAAAACAUAUUCAAAACAUGCAGCGCAGAUAUGUGAUAGACCCACUUACACAUGACUUGCAGAGGCUAGUUAAGCACUGAUUGGUCCUGCACAUUUGUAAGUUUAAUCUUUGCAUAUUUUAUUAUUCCUGGAUUUGAUUAAUUUGAUCUAUUUGGGAAUUACUAGGUCCCCCAGCAUGACCUUAUGGUAAACUUCCACCAGGUCCACACUGGAAGAUCUAAAAUGGAUAUUUCUGUAGGCAUUUGUAAGGGGCCACGGUGGUGCAAUGAGUUAAACCAUUGAGCUGCUGAGCUUGCUGACCUGAAAGUUGGCAGUUUGGAUCUGCGCGAACGGGUAAGCUCCCGCUAUUAGCCCCAGCUCCUGCCAACCUAGUAGUUUGAAAACAUGCAAAUGUGAGUAGAUAAUAGGUACUGCCUUGGCAGGAAGGUAAACGGCACUCCAUGCAGUGAUACUGGCCACACAACUUAAGGAGGUGUCGAUAGACAACACUGGUUCCUCUGCUUGGAAAUGGAGAUGAGCACUCUCAGAGCUGGAGAUGAAAGGGGAAGCCUUUGUCUGUGUAUUUCUUUCAUUGUUUCAAGGCACUGAAUGUUUUCCUGUGUCUGUUUAUAUAUGCUGGAAUCUGCCCUGAGUCCCCUCAGCUAGAUAGGGCAGAAUAUAAAUCAAGUGUUAUUAUUAUAUAUAGGUCCUCCAGCACAAACUUUUGGUCCAUUUCUUGCAGAAGUUGACCAUUGAGUUGCACUGGAGGACCUAGAAAUUCCUAGAGACAAUAUAGGUAUUUGUAGAUCCUCCAGCACAAUCUUUUGGUCACUUUUUGGCGGAAGGUGAUGGACAGGAAGAUCUAGAGCAGUGGUUCUCAACCUGGGGUCCCCAGAUGUUUUUGGCCUUCAAUUCCCAGAAAUCCUAACAGCUGGUAAACUGGCUGGAAUUUCUGGGAGUUGUAGGCUAAAAACAUCUGGGGACCCCAGGUUGAGAACCACUGACCUAGAGGCAUGAUCUUGCAAGUAAAAAACGACAUCUUUUUUAUUUGUAUUUUUCCACUUUGGUGGAAGUCUUGUGCCUUUAAUACCCACGAAAGUGGAGGGUUUACAUAAAAACACUAUACGGAUGUAUGGACACUCUGAUUGCUUCGGGGUUCCAAUACUUUUAAGUACAUUAAGAUAACUUUGUUGUGACGCCAGGAUUUCCUACUAAGAUUCAAUUACAGUCUUUUGCCAACUUC